AUGAGGUUCUUCUCAACACUUUGCAGUGUGACCCUCGCGGUUUCUGCACUAGCCUUGCCAACCUCCGAUCAUGUCAUUCAUGAGAGGCGAUCUGGUACACCAUCGAAAUGGGAGAAGAUUGGGCGGGUCAAUGGCACUGAGCAUGUCUUGGUGCGCAUCGGUCUGACGCAGAGCAAUCUUGAUCGCGCGUAUGAGUAUCUCAUGAGCGUGUCCGACUCUGUGUCGCCUAACUACGGCAAAUUCUGGACUCAAGAAGAGGUACACGGCGCCUUUGCACCGUCAAAUGAGACCGUUGAUGCGGUACGAAACUGGCUUAUUGAAUCCGGUGUGGACGAGUCUCGUUUGAUCCACACCCAAAACAAAGGCUGGAUUGUGUUUGAUGCAACUACAAAAGAGGCGGAAAGCCUCCUCCACACCAAGUAUUACCACUACACCGACAAGGUCUCCGGUUUCAAAACUCUCGCAGCGGAAGAGUACCGCGUCCCGCAGAAGAUCCAACAACACAUUGACUUCGUGAAGCCUGGAGUUCUUCUGCCAUUAACCUCCAAGGGGCCAUCUGCCAAGCACACUAAAAAGUACAAGCCCUUGAAGCAGACAUCAGUUAACGCGACGUCUCUCAGUACUUGCGACGAGGUCAUUACUCCUGCUUGUGUUGCCGCUCUGUACAAGAUCCCUCAUGCAAGCGGCAACGUCAGCGCCAGCAACUCGCUUGGAAUCUUCGAAGAAGGAGACUACUACGCCCAGGAAGAUCUGGAUCUCUUUUUCCGUAACUUCACUCCGUACAUCCCGAAGGGGACACACCCUAAGCCGGCAUUUAUCGAUGGAGCAUCAGCGCCCGUUCCUGUUGCUGAUGCUGGUGCGGAGUCUGAUUUGGACUUUCAGCUCGCGUAUCCAAUUGUCUAUCCUCAAACCAUUACGCUCUAUCAGACAGAUGACUCUAACUAUGCAAGUGGGGAGAUUGAGACGGAUGGCUUCUUUAACACCUUUCUUGAUGCUGUUGAUGGGUCGUACUGCACCUACUGUGCCUACGGAGAAUGCGGAGACAGCCCGACCCUCGAUCCAACCUAUCCGGAUAAUUCAACCGGUGGUUACAAGGGACAGUUGAUGUGUGGUGUUUACAAGCCCACGAACGUCAUCUCCGUCUCUUACGGUGGCCAGGAGGCGGACCUCCCUGCUUACUAUCAGCAGAGGCAAUGCAACGAAUUCUUGAAACUCGGGCUCCAAGGAAUUUCCAUCCUCUUCGCAUCUGGCGAUGACGGCGUUGCAGGUCCCCCAGGCGAUGACUCGACCAACGGCUGUCUCGGAAACGGAACCAUCUUCAGUCCUGCGUUCCCUAACUCUUGCCCCUACGUAACCAACGUCGGCGCCACGAAGCUUUACCCCGGGAAGACCAUCGCGGAUGGGGAAAGCGCCGUCGUCGACCCGGCCGGCCACCCUUACUCGAUCGCGUUCUCCUCCGGCGGUGGCUUCAGCAACAUCUACACUAUCCCAGACUACCAAGCCGAAGCAGUCGCAGAGUACUUCAAAAACCACAACCCACCCUACCCCUACUACGAAGGCAACGCCAGCUUCGGCAAAAACGGUGGAAUUUACAACCGCCUGGGACGUGGGUACCCCGAUGUGGCAGCGAACGGCGACAACAUUGCCGAAUACAACGCGGGAGAAUUCAUCCUCGAGGGUGGAACAAGUGCUAGCACUCCGAUCUUCUCCUCCGUGAUCAACCGCAUUAUCGAGAAACGUAUCGCGGCAGGAAAGGGCCCGCUGGGCUUCCUCAACCCGGUUCUGUACCGGAAUGCGUGGGCAUUGAACGAUAUCACGAAUGGGUCAAACCCGGGCUGCGGGACGGAAGGAUUCUACACUGCUCCAGGAUGGGAUCCCGUCAGUGGUCUCGGAACGCCCAACUUCCCGAAGUUGCUGGACGUGUUCCUGAACCUGCCGUAA